UCUUGCCCCUGAAUAUAUAAAAGCUGCCGAGAACCUUAAAGGUCUUGUGAAAGUAGCCGCAGUUAACUGUGACGACGAGGCUAAUAGAAGGAUUUGUGCUACAUAUGAUGUUCAAGGUUUUCCGACUAUCAAACUUUUUCCGAGUAAACCAAUUGAAGAUGAGAAUGUUGUUGGAAGAUUUACAAAAAAGCCUAAAGAUUAUCUUGGAGCACGAACUGCUAAAGCAAUUGUCGAUUUUGCUCUCCCAGAGAUACCAUCUUUCGUGCAUAUAAUCUCCAACAGUUAUUCUAUAAGUAGAGCUUUAACAAUGGAUGAAUUUUUCUCCAAAGAGAAUGAUACUCUUUCAAAAGUGGUUCUUUUUACUAAUAAGGACCAAACAACACCUCUCUACAAAGCUCUUUCUUGCGAAUUUCAUAAUAGACUUAUAUUUGGUGAGGUCAAAGAAAAAGAGUCUGCUAUUGCCGAGAAAUUUGGAGUUGAUAAAUUUCCAAAGUUAUUUGUUAUUCCAAAAGGAAUUGAUCCUGAAAUAUAUGAAAUCACAACCCAAUCUGAAUUAGAGUCCCAAUGUCUUUCAAAGCCAAUUGGCCUUUGUGUAUUCUCAUUCCUCAUACUUGAACCAGAGUAUCCAGAAUCUGUUGCUGAUCAUUCUAGUAAUCUUGAAAUUCUUCGUAAAGUAAAAAAAAAAUUCCAUGAUCAAAAUAACGUUGAUAAAAAACUUAGUUUACGAUUUUUCUGGUUUAAUGCCUUAUCAAAGGGUGCUAAGAAAUUGAUAAAAGAUUUUAAAUUAUCGGAUAUGUUUCCAAGUUUAAUGAUUCUUAAUCCAAAUCGAAAAGUUUAUCGACCUCAUAUUGGUCCAUUUGAUGAAGAAGGGAUUGUAAAGUUUUUGAAUGAUAUUGCAAAAGGACGCGGAAGUAGUUAUGAAUAUGGUUUUGAUGUUUUUAUUGACGAGAAAAUCACAAAGAAAGACGAUGAAAAGAAAGUUGAGAAGGAAGAUGGUGAAAAGAAAGAUGAUGAAAAGAAGGCUGAGAAGAGAGAUGAUGAAAAGAAAGAUGAUGAAAAGAAGGUUGAGAAGAAAGAUGAUGAAAAGAAAGAUGAAGAAAAGAAAACUGAAGAAAAGAAAACUGAAGAAAAGAAAUGUGGUAUAGAUGAGUUAGGAAAAGAUGGUGUUUGCAGUGGGGAUACACAUAAAACAGAGAGUAAAUCUGAUGAGAAAGAUAAGCCUAAAGAUCAUGAUGAGUUGUAA